CUUUCUCCAGGGUUAUUGCUGUGGACUGGGGUGUACGACCCAACCCCUCCUGUGUCUACAGACUCCAAGGGUGGUCACAGCCCUUGGGUGUUUGCUAGCAACUGGGUUCCAACCGGUGCCGCCCAGACCUUAUUUGGCUGGGGAGGGAGCAGUUGCCCCGCCUCUCUCCCAAGGACUUGGUGGCAAACCCGGCAGCAGGCACUAGGGCUGGGGCUGCAGGCCCCGCAAACCCGGAGCUAGUCCCUGGGACCCUACCGUGUUGCAGCACUCCUCUCACCGUCUGGUUUUUCGGUUCCGCCACAAUCCUUGGUCCCCUAUUUUCACGUAUGCUGAGCAAUGAGGAAAGAGAUCAGCAGUUUGGAAGGAAGCAUGUGUUCCAGCAGAAUGUCUAUGAAAUGGAUUUCGGUUCUUCUGCUGCUACAGCUGAGUUGUCAGUUCAGCCCUGGGGGUUGUGGAAAGGUGCUGGUGUGGCCCACCGAAUACAGCCAUUGGAUCAAUAUGAAGAUCAUCCUAGAUGAACUUGUCCAGAGAGGUCAUGAAGUGACCGUUCUGACACAUGCAGCUUCAAUUUUUGUUGAUCCCAAUAAACCAUCUGCUAUUAAAUUUGAGAUUUACCCUACAUCUUUUGAAAAAGAUGAACUUGAGAACAUUUUCAUGCAGAUGAUCUCCAAAUGGGCAUAUGAACCUAAAGAUACAUUUUGGAAUUAUUUUUCACUAAUGAAAGACAUCCUUGUCCUACAUGCUGAUUGUAUUCAAAAGACCUGUAAAGAUGCAGUCUCGAACAAGAAACUUAUGACAAAACUACAAGAAUCAAGGUUUGAUGUCAUUCUCGCAGAUGCCAUUGGACUCUGUGGGGAGCUGCUGGCUGAGCUCCUUGAAAUCCCUCUUGUAUACAGUCUCCGCUUCUCGCCUGGAUAUGCAUACGAAAAGUAUGCCGGAGGACUUCCACUCCCUCCAUCCUACGUACCUGUUAUCUUCUCAGAACUAAGUGAUCAAAUGACAUUCAUGGAGAGGGUAAAAAAUAUGAUAUAUAUGCUUUAUUUUGACUUUUGGUUCCAAACAUAUAAUCAGCAGAAGUGGGAUCAGUUUUACAGUGACAUACUAGAAAGACCCACUACAUUGUAUGAGUUAAUGGGGAAAGCUGAAAUGUGGCUCAUUCGAACCUCGUGGGACUUUGAAUUUCCUCACCCAGUCUUACCACAUUUUGAUUUUAUUGGAGGACACCACUGCAAGCCUGCCAAACCCCUGCCUAAGGAAAUGGAAGAGUUUGCCCAAAGCUCUGGAGAAAACGGUAUUGUCGUGUUUACUCUGGGGUCAGCUGUCAGGAACAUCUCAGAAGAAAGAGCCAAUGUGAUUGCAUCAGCCCUUGCCCAGAUUCCACAAAAGGUUAUAUGGAGAUAUGAUGGCAAGGUACCAGAUACCUUAGGGCCAAAUACUCGGCUGUAUAAGUGGAUCCCCCAGAAUGACCUACUUGGUCAUCCAAAAACCAAAGCCUUUAUAACUCAUGGUGGAACCAACGGCGUCUAUGAGGCCAUCUACCACGGGAUCCCAGUGGUGGGCCUCCCUUUGUUUCUGGAUCAACCCGAUAACAUCAUUCGCAUGAAGGCCAAGGGAGCAGCUGUCAGAUUGGACAUCGACACAAUGUCUAGUGUAGAUUUGCUCAAUGCAUUGAAGACAGUCAUUAAUGACCCUUCAUAUAAGGAGAAUGCUAUGAAAUUGUCAAGGAUUCACCACGAUCAACCUAUAAAGCCCCUGGAUCGAGCAGUCUUCUGGAUCGAGUUUGUCAUGCGCCACAAGGGAGCCAAACACCUGCGGCCAGCCUCCUAUGACCUCAACUGGUUCCAGUACCACUCUUUGGACGUGAUUGGGUUCCUGCUGGCCUGUGUGGCAACUGCUAUACUUGCCAUCAUAAAAUGUGUUCUGUUUUGUUGCCGGAAGUUUGCCAAAACAGAAAAGAAGGGGAAAAGGGAGUAGUGUUUCCGAAGCCUGAAGCUGACAUAUCUUAUAGAUGGGACACCCCCAGUUUAUUAUUCCAGUAAGAAGUUGUUUCUUCUCCUGAGACAAAAUGACUUUUCACAAAUUA